AUGGCGCAUUUUCGUGCCUUCUGCAAGGGUCUAAGCCUUAACGGCCUUAAAAAAAACCUGAUCAAAGAAAAAUCAGACGCGGUCAAGCUUUACCACCACGAAACGCCCCGCCUGACCCUCGGCCAAAGAUGCCGUCAUUGCCGCAUAAACUGCGUCCUUCGUAUGAGAAAAUGCUGUUCUUUACCCCAAAACUCCCGAUUUCGGCGAUUCCUCUACAAGCUGAAACACGACGGCUCCUUCGAAAACUACAUCAUGAAGAGCAUUCUAGGCUUCAUCGGCGGGUUCAUCCUAACUUACAUCUUUUUCAUGUUCUUCGUCGUCCAACUCAACUUCAAACUUUCAACGGCCACAAUGAUGUGCUCAAUUUUCGGUAGCGUGCUAAUGCUAGGCCUCGCUUUUAGCCGCUACAUCAGAUGCGUUGUAUUCCUUACUCUGCCACAGUUUUUCUCGAAAAGGGGGCGACAGGCGCUGUUAGCCUACGCUUUCAUUCUGGCGAUAACUGGGCCAGCGAAGAACACGCUGAAUAAUAUGGGGAUUCUGAGCGAAAGUAUGGCUUGCGGACAGGAGCAGCUCAAAUCAGCGGUCAGACAAAUUAUCGACGUGAUUAAGAAGCCGUUUUAUGCCAUCAGAGAUGCAAUUAAGUCGGUGGUAAAAACGAUUAAAGUUAUUAUCAAAAAGAUCAAGGAAAUACUGCUCAAAAUCAAGAAAAUCAUAAUGGCCAUUUUACGUGUGAUUAAGGCAGCGUUCCAGUUCCUCGGCAAGAUUCUAAACGUAUGCAACAAGGAGCUUGGCACUCCUUUCCAGCGCUGCGCUCGCGUCUUUGACAACGCGAUUCAAGACUGCAACGCCAAGCUCGGCCCCUGGUUCAACUGGCUCUGCUCUAUAGCCUAUCUCGUCAAAUCCGUCUGCUACAUAGUGAAAAUCUUUGAUUACGUCUGCAUGUUGGUUGAUUUCAUUAGCAACUCGGUCAUUGGAGUUGUCAUAAGGAAGGUGAAAGGUUUUAUUCGCCACGUUCGCACCAUGUUUUACGUCCGCAUAAAGUUCUCUCAUUCGUUCCACUUCCAAACGAACUCCUCCAAAUCCUAUUCGGAAGUGGCGGAAGGUAUCGUGGGGGAGAUUAAAGAGAGGACGCAAGCGCUGGCGAUGUUUUUUGAUUUUGUUAGCCUUCUCACGAGUUUCUUUUUUGUUUUUUUGCUAGUAAAAGUACUGCACUACCGGUUUAGAUUUCUGACAAGCGAGCGGUUUGAUAAUAAGUACAUAACGAGAGAUUUUCGGGAAAUUGAUCUACAAAGAGCUAAGUUGGGACGCGAAACGGUACUACCACUUAAUAACAGAGAACGCACCAUGUACAUUACUAUUAGUUCCUGCAGGCUUGUUAAGACUGAAAAACGCAAAUUGAGCCAAAGUGCGGUGGUUCUGUUUGUCGCAACUUUGAAACUUUGUGCUCAUAUGCUAGUCGAUUAUUCCCUUUUUUGGGUACUGAAUUUGAUCCGGUACCAUGGCCGGUUCCAGUCAAAAGUCACAGCCCCAAAUCUGCCCUCGGUCCGAAUAGAGGGCAAAGGUUUGUUAGCUGACCUUCUCAGAAGCAUAGUCAAAGCAUUUAAGCCACUGGGAAUCGAACUAGAAAUCGACACAGUACCAUGUCUUCCCAACCCAAUCCCUCCUGAUUACGACCGCUACGUCCAAAUCGGCUCCCUUCUAAUCCUUUGUUGGUUCUUGGCAAUCCUGGAACCUUACGGUCUCCGUCUAAGACACUGGAUCAUGUGCUACUAUCACCCAGUGAGGGCCAAGCAGCGGGCUGUUUGGCUCUUUAAUCACAUCAUGCGGUCUAGACUCAGUUUUCUAAAGUUUGCUCGCCGGCAGUUACGAAGGAAUGUUUUGGGCCAAAAAGGACUAACCAAGAUUACAUUCAAAGAGUUUCUGAGGGCCAAAUUGAGGUGUAGGAUAUUCCGACUUUGUUUAGGUCCCGAUAAACAGGAUGCUUGCCUUCUCUGUGGCGAGGUUUUCAGAGAGUCGGAUGAAAUUAAACCGAUCAAAUGUGCGACUCCUGGUUGCCCAGGCAUUUACUGUAAGCAGUGUUUCGACGAUCUGGAAAAUCUCUGUACCGUGUGCUUGUCUCCAAUUGAUUAUGGUGACCUUUCCGAUAUCAGCGAGGAACUAGGUUCAAAUGAUGACGAUUUUGACGAUAAAAAACCGCCGAAAUCUGAUGACGACGAUCCGGAGAAAAUACAGUUACUCCAUAAAAAUGACGAUUCCGGUAAUAGCAGUGAGGACAGUCAGCAUUCUUACACUUAUCAGUACGAGAAAAAACCAUCAGAGGUGCAUGAAAGGGAGUGGUCUAAAACUUCAUUUAGGGAUGUGGAAGGGCAGAAGAAAAGGGAUUAUGCAAGUAUGGACGAUUUUCGAGAAAACUCAAGAACAAGUGAUACGAAUUUUCGACUAAAGAAAACGUUAACGACCACGAAUUUAUUUAAAAAUGACACGAUUGAGAAAGGGCACGAGUCUUCCCCUGAUACAGAAGAUAAAAAUACUGAUUCAGCUUAAGAGGAAAAAAUGAUUA